AUGCUGUCGUUAUCACAACCGUUCAAAUACACAAGUCUCUCUAGAGCUUCCGACAACAGCGAUGACGCAUUCGAAGAAGAGGGCUUCGCCGACAAGCCGAUGAGGAUGGCGCCCUCUCCCCGCCGCAGCUUCCUCAGACGGCACGCAGCAAAGCUCGCAGUGGGCCUCCUGCUCCUCCUCACCUUGGCCGCCAUUGCAGCCCUCACCCGCGCCGGGCACCUGACCAUCCGCUGGAAAGCCUCCCGCCUCCCCUUCAACCAAUGCGGCUCCACCCCCGCCGAGGCGCGCGCACGCGGCUGCCGCUUCGAGAUGCACAACUUCGCAUGGGUGCCGGCAGCGUGCUACGACGAGGAGCUGGGCGCGGAGUGGGACUCGCACCUGGACUGGACGUUCUCGCGCACCGCCAACGACAGCAGCGACACGGACGCGGCGUUCGUGGCGGCGUGCCGCGCGGGCGAGGUGCGCGAGGCGUGGGUGCCGUGGUACCAGCACAUGGCGCACUGCUCGCUGAUCAUGAAGAAGUACAUGCGGUCCGUCAUGUUUGAUCGGCCGAUGGAUAAUUGGACGGCGGAUUGGCACCACGGGCAGCACUGCAACAAUAUGAUGCCGCGGUAUGAUGUGGAUCCGUGGUUCUUCAAUAGUUUGUUGCAUCUCAAGUUUCCGACGUGCGAUUAUUCGUGGCGCGAUAAGAAGGCUGAUCCGAAGACGCAUGGGGUGAUGCCGACUUGGCAUGGGCACCAGUGA